CAGCAGUACGCAGCCCCAAUCCCGAACCCCCGCAGCUUCAAAAAUCAAAUCCGCCGCUGCCCAAAUCUCACAUUCCUCUCUCUCCGUCUCCCGUCUCCUCCCCCAAUCUCGUCUCCGCCCUCCGCCCUCCGCCCCCGAACCCCCCGACUCCCCGACCCGAAGAUCUCUGCUCCUCCCGCUCCGCUCCGGCCCCAGAUCGCGGCGAUGGGAGCGGAUCCGGCCGCCUCGCCCCCCUCGCCGGCGGCGUCUCCGUCACGGCAGCCGCGGCAAGGCGAGGAAGAGCUCCGCGCCGUGGAGGACCACCUGAGCCCGAGCCGCCACGCGGAUUCGAGCCCUGCGCCGCCGCCGUCGCCCGCGUCCGCCGCGCCGGUGCCCCAGCAUCCCGAAGUGUCAGGCGAGGACGCGGAGCUGGCCAGCGAGGAGGCGGUGGAGGAACAGCCCGCCCUUGAGGAGGGGGUGGUGGAGGCGGAGGCCGCUGUUGCAGGAGGAGAUGGGGAGGCUCUCCGCAGCUUCCUGGAGGAAUUCGGGGAUCAAGCGGACGAUUGUCUUAUCCCAUCUCCGCGGCUGAAGGGGAUCGCAACUCCUGACUGCCCUGCUGCCCUCCAAUUCCUAGGUACACAUCCAAGCAUAAUCCUUCCUUAUGGAUGGAUGGUAAAACUUAUUUGCUUAAUUGCUUGCAGAACAUACAUUUGAUCUUGUUU